UCCACCCCCCUCCUCCUCCUCCUCCUCCUCCUCCUCCUCCUGGAGCCCGGGACUGUGUCGGCCACUGCACAUGUCGCACGCGUCGUGAAGUGGACUCGGCGGUUCUGACUCUUGUUUUUUUGUAGUCUUGUUUUUAAGAACCCGUCGUUGACGACAUGCCUGUCCGGGUGGUGAUGCAGGGCCCCGGACCCUGGGGCUUCAGGCUGGUUGGCGGAAAGGACUUCGAGCAGCCGCUGGCUAUUUCCCGGGUCACCCCUGGGAGCAAAGCAGCCCAGGCCAACCUGUCCAUCGGAGACAUGAUCUUGGCCAUCGACGGAGAGCCCACGGAGACCAUGACUCACUUGGAAGCGCAGAACAAGAUCAAGGGGUGCAUAGAGGAGAUGGUGCUCUCCGUAGACAGGUCAGAAACUAAAUUGUGGUCGCCGCUUUCAUCCGAGGAAGGGAGGACACAUCCGUACAAGAUGAAUCUUGCAUCAGAGCCACGGGAAGUAAAAAACAUAGGCUCCACCCACAACAGGAGUGCCCUGCCGUUCGCUGGUUUUGGCUCCACGGUUGUGACCAACCAGUACAACAGCCCGUCUGGUCUCUACUCCUCAGAGAACAUCAAGAACUUCAACUCUGCUGUGGAUGAAGUUAAGACCAUGGCGACGGCCAAUGAGCCGCACAACAAAGCUCCUUCAGAACCGCCACAGAUGGGCAAGCGGCCGCCGGUUGCAGCAGAUUCCGAGGUCUACAAGAUGCUACAGGAGAACCAAGAGUCUGAUGAGCCUCCUCGGCAGUCAGCUUCGUUCAAGGUGCUUCAGGAGAUUCUGGAGACGGGUGACGGUGAUAAACCAUCAGGGUUCAGGAGUGUGAAAGCACCCUCAACAAAGAUCGGCUCGUCAGUGGGGAAUGCGGAGAAGUUACCCGUCUGUGACAAAUGCGGAUCCGGGAUUGUGGGGAUGGUGGUGAAGCUGAGGGACAAGUUCCGUCACCCCGAGUGCUACACCUGCACAGACUGCGACAUCAACCUAAAACAGAAGGGACAUUUCUUUGUGGAGGACCAGAUUUAUUGUGAGAGCCAUGCACGGGAGCGAGUGAUUCCGCCCGAGGGUUACGACGUGGUCACAGUCUUCCCCAAGUAGAGCUCUCGCUGAUCUCAGCCUCGGACUGCACGCCACUUAUAGGACACAUGACGUAAUCCAAGACAUUACAGUAUUUAGCUCAUGCUACUCCUCCGACUAUAAAAUGGUCUUCUCCUACAUUCUGCAUCAACGCAGUCACUGGUAGGCAGGACAUAUCUCAAAAUGUUGAUUUGCACAUGAACUUUGGCUUUUACAAAAAGGAAAAUUGAUAAAUAACAUGAGAUAAUCAAAUUUUUUUCCUACCCUUAUUUUUUUUUUCAUGAUACCCACUGCGUUGUGGUAAUGUUUGUCUUUGUACUUGUUCAUCAUGUAUCAGUCUUUUUAAAUCAUGGAAACAAUGGAAAGUCAGACUACACGUUUUCUAGACUUUUAUUAAAUAAAUAGACCAACUUGUAUGCAGCAAAAUAGCUUUAAAAAAACACAUUAGGGAAAAUCAUUGCCAAAUAAAUAUUUUUAGCUUAAA